ACAGUUGUAAACUAAAUCCCUAAAAUCUCCGUAUAGUUCCAACAACACUGAAUCCCUCGACACCACCAACUCACGGUGACCGCGGACACAGUGGUGGGAUACUCGGUGUUCGGUGACACGUCGGCAGGUGACGUAGUAGUCGGAACGCGGUGCUACUGUGUUGUUUUCUUACUCUGUCAGCUCAGCAUUUUCUCCAAUGGCAUUAGAUAACCAUUCACCUUCUCUCGAGAUAUUAGUUCGAAGGCCUGAAGAAUUAUCACUAUGGACUGGACCUCCAUUCCCAAAUGGUCAACCUAAUGUCAAACUUGAUAAAGUUAAUUGCUUGAAUGCAAAAUUUAGUGAUAAUGGAUCUUUGCUUAUGGUUGUGAAAUCUAAUUCUGUGAUUAGUAUUUAUGAUUGUAAGAAUUCUAAAGAGAUUAGGUCUUUUGAAGUUCCUAAUCUCGUGGCUUCUGUUUUGUCUCCUUGUGGAACUUAUUUGCAAACAUUUCAAAAACCUUCUGGGCCGCAAGAUAAGAAUGUCACAUUAUGGAAAACGGAGACCGGUGAUAUUGCUUAUCAACAUUCUCAGAAGAAUUUGACAAAAACCAAUUGGCCUUCGAUUCAAUUCAGCUCCGAUGAAGCUACUGCAUGCCGUGUAGCAACUAAUGAGGUGCAGUUUUUCGACUCUGGGGAUUUUUCUAAAGGAUUUAUUAAUCGGUUAAGAGUUCCAGGAGUUGCUUCUGCCGAGCUUUCUAGUUCACCUGCUUCUCAUGUAGCUGCAUUUGUUCCGGAAUCCAAGGGUGUUCCUGCUAGUGUACAAAUAUUUGCUUGUGGAAAUGCUUCCCAAGGUCAACCUGUGGCCCGACGGAGCUUUUUCCGAUGUUCUACCACCCAACUUAAAUGGAAUCAUGGUUCAACUGGACUUCUAAUUUUGGUGCAGUCUGAUGUUGAUAAAACCAAUCAGAGUUACUAUGGAGAAUCGAAGUUAUACUACCUUACAACAGAUGGGGUGCAUGAAGGAUUAGUUCCUCUUCGGAAAGAGGGGCCUAUUCAUGAUGCUCAGUGGUCAUAUUCAGGCUUAGAAUUUGCUGUUGUGUAUGGAUUUAUGCCUGCUAAAGCAACUCUGUUUGACAAGAAGUGCAAUCCUCUACUGGAGCUUGGAACUGGUCCUUACAACACUAUUCGAUGGAACCCGAAAGGGAAAUUUUUAUGUUUGGCUGGAUUCGGUAACUUGCCUGGUGAUAUGGUAUUUUGGGAUUACAUAGAAAAGAAACAGCUUGCAGCAACCAAGGCUGAAUGGUCCGUGACAAGUGAAUGGUCUCCAGAUGGGUGCUAUUUCAUGACAGCGACAACAGCUCCAAGGCUUCAAGUUGACAACGGGAUCAAGAUUUUUCACUAUAAUGGGUCAUUGUACUUCAAGAAGAUGUUUGACAAAUUGUACCAGGCUGAUUGGAAACCAGAGUCACCAAGUAACUUUGGUGACAUUACUGAAUUAAUCAAGUCUCUAGACUCGGUAAAACUUGAAGAUAAAAAACCAUCAGGUCAAGGAUCAAAACCAACCCAGGCAUCUACAAAAGCCCCUUCUGCCAAUCCAACUGCACAAAAACCUGCCGCAUAUCGUCCGCCACAUGCUAAGACUGCGGCUGUUAUUCAGGCACAGUUGUUAGGAGAGAGCUCGGCAGAAACAUUGAGCAAGAAUGCUUUACGAAACAAGAAAAAGAGGGAGAAACAGAAGGAGAAAAAGGCUGCUGCAGAUGCCAGUUCGUGAUUGCAUCACAAUUCUCCCGGCCUCAUUCUAAACACCUCUAUUACUGCUAUCAAAUGCUUGAAAAAUUUGAUAUUCAGCUUAAAUUUCCUAGAUUUAAUUGUAUCAGGUCCCGGUAGCAAACUUUAGGCAGUUUUGGUUUGAUCAGAUUUUGAGAUGAUUAAAUUUUGUAUUGGCUCUGUCCUUUGUUUAUUUUCCAAUUGCAACAUAAGUUGGGAGAGACGAUAAACCAUUUCUUCUCGCGAUAAUAGAAGCAUUUAUCGGAGAAGUGAAAUAGAUUACACAAACAUACACAGUAUAUUUUGUCUACUAAGUAUAUUUUACAUGCAUGAUAUUACAUUCA